GCCCUCGUAGCCCCCGGCCCCGCCGUUGCUGCUUCCGCUGCCCACCUUCUGCCGUUGCUGCUGUUACUAAUCUGCCCGCGAGGGACCCAGGCGGAACAAGUUGUUCUCUUGGACACGACGACGGAGGAGAAACUCGAUUGGACGAGAUAUCCUUUCGGGCCUCAAGCUAACACUCCUGGUUGGGUAGAGGAGUCUUUUACAAACUUCGACAAAGGUAUCAAUUGGCGGAGUUACGUUGUCUGCGAUGUAGCGUACACCAAUGUGAACAACUGGCUAUGGACGCCGUUCAUAGAGAGGGGUCCAGCGAAUCGCAUGUACAUAGAAAUCAAUUUCACGACUCGCGACUGUUCGUUGUUCCCCGGGAACGCUCUCAGCUGUAAGGAGACUUUCAGUCUACUAUAUUACGAGUUCGACGCCGCCACCAAGGAGCCACCCCCGUGGGAACCGGACAGUUACAAACUUAUAGGUCGUAUAGCUGCGGGCGAGGGUAGGUUCAACACGAACACCGAGGUGGUGAUAAACACCGAAGUGAAGUCGAUUCCGGUGACGAAGAAGGGCGUCUACUUCGCCUUUCGUGAUCAGGGCGCUUGCAUAUCGAUCCUGGCCAUCAAGGUAUACUACAUCAGUUGCCCUGAAAUUUCGGUGAACUUCGCACAUUUUCCGGCCACGCCAACCGGUCGCGAGGUUGCGCUUAUUGAGCAAACGCGCGGCAUUUGCGUUGCGAAUGCCGUCAAAAUCGCCCAACCGACUUUCCUCUGCAAGGGAGAUGGCAAAUGGUAUCUCCCAACGGGCGGAUGCCAUUGCAAACCUGGCUACCAAGCUGAUACGGACAAGCAGGAGUGCAAGGAGUGUCCGAUAGGCAAGUUCAAACAUGAGGCGGGUUCUCAUGCCUGCGAGCCAUGCCCGGAGCACAGCAAAGCUUCCGAUUACGGCUUCACGGAGUGUCGUUGCGAUCCGGGCUAUUUUCGGGCAGAAAAAGAUCCUAAGAAAAUGCCUUGCACACAACCACCUUCGGCGCCGCAAAACCUGACCGUCAACUUUGUCGAUCAGUCCACGGUGAUCCUUUCCUGGAAUGCGCCGCAUAUGCAGGGUGGCAGGUCUGACACGACUUAUAGAGUGGACUGCGAUUCCUGCAGCAUGGGCGUCAAAUACAUUCCUAAUACCGAGAUCUUCAACGACACGAAGAUCACGAUAACCGGCCUGAACGCGGUGACUACUUAUCGUUUCCAAGUGUUCGCCGAGAACGGUGUAUCGUCGUUGGUUGGCAAAUCGGAAUACGUGGACAUUACCGUUACGACAGAGGCGAGCGUGCCAAGUCUAGUGAGCAACGUCAGGAUCACAAGUGUCAAGAGCUCAGAGCUCAGCAUCAGUUGGGACGCGCCAGAUAUCGGUACUGGCGGAGACAACGAUCUCGUCGAGCGAUAUGAAGUGAGGUGUUACCCGCGCUACGACGACGCCACUAAUGCAACCGUCAUUCAAACGUCCGAGCUGUCUGCCACGUUCAAAGGUCUCAAGCCUUCCACGGAUUACGCGAUACAGGUUCGCGCUAAGACCACCCGCGGCUGGGGCGAGUAUACGCCGGUGAUAUUUAAAAAGACACCCCACGCGAUGGGUUUAGACUACGUCGGCGAGGAUGACAACAUGCAAGUUAGGAUAAUCGCAGGGGCGAUCGUUGCUGUGGUCGUACUUCUCGUGAUUAUUAUCAUCAUGACCGUUUUAAUUCUUAGAAGCAGGGCCUCGGACGAAUGCAACAAGAAACAGCCGAGCGACUGCGAUACCCUGGAGUAUAGAAACGGCGAAGGACUAGUUGUGACCUACAUGCACUGCAAAAUGGACAGUUCACCGAUUGUGACAACCCAUACCAACAACAAGAGCAAGUCCUCGCUGACCACGCCGCUGUUCACACCUGCAGUGGGGGUCGCCGCGGCGGGCGCAGGCAGCGCAGGCGGUGCAGGUGCAAGGAGUUAUGUGGAUCCUCACACCUACGAGGACCCGAAUCAGGCGGUACGCGAAUUUGCCCGAGAGAUUGACGCCGGAUAUAUCACGAUAGAAGCCAUUAUAGGUGGCGGAGAGUUCGGCGAUGUCUGCCGAGGGAAAUUGAAAUUGCCUCCCGACGGACGGACGGAAAUAGAUGUGGCCAUAAAGACCCUGAAACCAGGCUCCGCAGACAAGGCUCGUAAUGAUUUCCUGACAGAGGCGUCGAUAAUGGGCCAAUUCGAACACCCCAAUGUGAUAUUCCUGCAAGGCGUGGUGACAAAGAGCAAUCCGGUGAUGAUCAUCACGGAAUUCAUGGAGAACGGUAGCCUGGACACUUUCUUGCGCGCGAACGACGGCAAGUUCCAAGUGCUCCAGCUGGUGGGCAUGCUGCGUGGCAUCGCCAGCGGCAUGCAGUAUCUCGCGGAGAUGAACUACGUGCACCGCGAUCUUGCCGCGAGAAACGUGUUAGUCAAUGCUGCUUUGGUUUGCAAGAUCGCCGACUUUGGGCUCAGUAGAGAGAUCGAGAGUGCCACAGAAGGAGCUUACACGACCAGGGGCGGUAAAAUUCCGGUACGGUGGACAGCACCGGAGGCGAUAGCGUUCCGUAAAUUCACGAGCGCCUCCGACGUUUGGAGUAUGGGUAUCGUAUGUUGGGAGGUGAUGUCGUACGGCGAGAGGCCGUACUGGAACUGGUCGAAUCAAGAUGUGAUAAAAUCGAUCGAGAAAGGCUACAGGCUUCCAGCGCCGAUGGAUUGUCCGGAGGCUAUCUACCAGUUGAUGCUCGAUUGCUGGCAGAAGGAGCGCACCCAUCGGCCGACCUUCGCCAAUCUCACACAGACUUUGGACAAGCUCAUACGAAGUCCGGACACACUGAGAAAAAUCGCUCAGAACAGGGGCACAAAUCCACUGGCGCCAGAUGCGGUGGAUCUAACGCAAUUGAAUUCCGUCAGCGAGUGGCUAGCUUCCAUCAAGAUGUCACGAUACGCAGAGAGCUUUGAGCGGGCGGGCGUGACGACGUUGGAGGCAGCAGCGCGCGUCACCGUCCAGGAGCUCACGGCCCUCGGCAUAACGCUCGUAGGACAUCAGAAGAAGAUCAUGAACAGCGUGACGGCAUUGCGGGCGCAAAUGUCUGCUACUUCGCAGGGUUUCCUCGUGUAACCAUGACCGCGACCUCAAAUCCCGCGAACGGAUCGUAUGUAGAAAUCGGCUGAUCGGCACGGAACAUCGCUAUCCCUAUGGAUCUCACAAACUCGAGGCGCCCCGACGCAUCGCCUCCGCGAGAAGCGAGACGACAACCCUUCCAUCUAGGACUCGUGAUUACCUAGUCAGAGCGACGAUGUCCUCGAGAGAAUAUUUCUUCGCGCGCAAAUAGAUCCGUUGAACUAAUUGAGGGUUGAUUCGAGGCAAAGCUUUCAUGAUACCUCCGAAACGAUACGCGAACAUCGUCUCACUUUAAUCGAGAGAUUCAAAGCAUUCGUGCUGCAGACAUUCCAUGUUAGCGAGAGUCGAAAGGAAAUCCAUUCUUCGCAUUUACGACUCCUCUCAAAGAGAGGGAUUACAAGGACCACGCAUUCGCCAUCUCGCAUAUAAAGUGCAACGACUUUUACUCAACAUGUAGAACGAUACACCUAUUGCGAAACUUUCGCGACUUGUAAGUGUCAAAGAAAUCUAACGCCUUACGGGAACGGAUCAUUCACGAAGCUCGUUUCAGAAUGUGAUUCUUAAAAAAUCACCGUGAAAGAGUCUUAAUGGGAUCAAUGUAAACAUACUCUCCCACACGAACAACGAGCGCCAAUACUCUUUCAUUUCCUAGGCCGUUUCGGUGAUCGAUCUAUCUAAAGAUCAGACUGACGGAAAUAAACGAGCCCUGUAAUCACUGCCGCGAAAUCUUUCAUUACUUAUGAAUGUUCUCCUUUUAGUUUAAAGUAUUUGUAUAACAACUGUUGAUUUGUAUACACUAUAUAUUUUUUUUCGGAGACUUUCAUUUGAGAUUUACAGCCGAAUUCGUUUUUUUUUUUUACUAUUCUAUUAUCGCGCUUGUUAGGUUUUGUAACAUUUUGUACUGAAUGGCAGCUCAUUUUAGUAGGUAUGCAUCUGCGAUAUAUAGAACAUUGAACGGCGAACAUAUCGACCUAAAUGUCGUUCGAAUAUGUCUGUUCCUGGCCUCUUUUCUUAAGUAUAUUAAAGUUACGUGUUUGUCUAUAACAAUCGACAUAGCAAUACGCAUCUGACAAGGAAAACUGACCGUAUCACGAGGGAACUGUACCAAAAAUUGGAUCGUAAUAGUUUCCGAAAUCGGUAGCGUGACAACAGCUAGUAGGUUCAUUAUUUCGUGUAGUGAAUGUAGCGAGUGCAUUACACUAUUGCGUAUGUCGUCUCGGUAAUGUACACGAUCGAGAACAAGGGCGAAUGUUUACUCUUUACGCUAAAUUACAACUUUAUGCCUUUGCAUUACCUAUAUGGAAACGUCGUACACGCGCGGCCUAUAUAUAGGUAUACCUUUCGAUUAUAAUGACAAACGGCGAAACGAACGAAGCGAAUAUGUGCCAACGCGAGUGUGCAAGAGUUAUUUUAGCGCGAGACUGCGUGACACGGGAUAAACGAAUGGAAAAUGAGCGGACGCGUGAAUGUGAGUUUGAAUGAAAUUGCAUCGGUGACGAGAAUCUGCCGCGAUCCAUUUUUCGCGCUAUAUUUAUAUGUACACGAGCGUGCGAUCACGAAUCAUUCUAUAUAUACAUAUACAUAUAAAUAGAUAUUGUGUUAUAAAUACUACACUGUGAAAAGGGACGAACGGGAGUAAAACUCUCUAUGUAGGAAAAAGCAUAAGAGACAUCCGUUCGCGUCGGAAAGCAAAGGAGGACAUGGCGUGAGAAAAAACGAUUUCAAACGCGUCCCUUAUUAGCGAGCAAUGCGUUAACAUAUCAACAUUAUCGCAGAAUGCAAUGCAAGCGCAAGAAGGGACAUCCUCGCGUGCGUCGUUACUCGAGAUCAAGUUGAAAUUACUCUGAUUGAUCUUCGAUUCUGUCCUCGGAUUGUAGCGUACGACAAAAGAGAAAAGUCAGCCGGAAAAAGAGAAUAACGUAAAGAGAAAAUGAAAUGUAAAGUCGGAUGGUGUAAGAUAUGCGGACAAAAUACUCACGUAUACGCGAGCGACGACGCGUGCGACUGAUACGAGGCACGCGCGUUCACGAGGUAACACUAUUUUGAUUUUUACAGUCCGACCGAGGAGUUUCCUCGCGAAGCAACGUCCAUUCCAAUAUACAUGUAAUCCAUAAUAGGGAAUACCGUUUCCUUUCCUUAGAGGACGACAGACAGAAAGAUAGAGGGGACGAGAGGCUUGCUUUGUAUCUCGUUACAUCCGUAAUCGUAAAGACUGCAUCCUGGGUCGCGAUACAUUAUACCCGGGAUACACACACGUUACCGGCGACUUAUCUUAAAAAGAGACCAACGGAGCGGCAGACAUAUGCGUACGAAAAUAUUGCGCGUGAGAUUAAUUAAACAGCUUCCAAGUGAGUCCGGCGAGCCACGGAGAAAUUCUUUUAUUUUCUAAUUUAACGGUUUAACGUUAGUAAUAUAGUCUACGAUGUAUAUCGAGGCGACGUUGGAUCGCGACAGAAGCGGAAGGCGUGUUUUGGGAGGCGAGAUUUCUCGCGUUCGACAAGAUACAAGACAACGACAAAGCGAACAUCUUUCGCACAGUCCCAACCAAUUCUCCUCCCUUUAAUCAAAGAAGAGGCGAAAGUCUCGCCCCAGCGAAGCGCUAGACCGGUAAUUAAAAUCGAUCGCUUCUAUCUCGUAGCGCGAUCCAACGAUGCUUCCCUCGUAAACGAAAUGUUGCUCGAAGUCAUACCGCGAGCGAGGAAUGUCGAAAUACGCUCUGGUGUCUUUCGACUCGCCGUACCUCCUUCCGCGCACGUAUCAGCGAAGAAACGGAAGGGAAGAGCGAAAAGCAUCGCGGAAGGCCGCGCGGCGAGGUAAAAAUCUCCCUUAGGAAAAACAAAAAGAAAAAAAAAAGAGAGAGAAGGCUACCGAAGAACGGCGACGAUUAUGAAGCAAUAAGUGAAUACCCAAAUGCAGAUUUUUAUAUAGAGAAUGUUAACAAAUUUCAGAAAAUAUUAAUUAUCGAUAGCGCUAUCUUCCUAAAUGUUCGUAUUAAAGAUUAAACGAGAAAAAAGGUAUGAUAAAACGUAAAAGGCGAGAUUAUACGGGAUCCCGGCCGAAAGGGAAACGGAAGAAAGGAGAGUCGUGCGCAUUAGGCGAAUUUGCGCCAUAAUCUCGUUUGUAAUAACUUCGGUAAUAAUUCGGCCGGGAUCCCGCGGACGG